CCCUGCUUCGCUGACGGUUCCCUCUACACCGUCACCACUCAGUGUGCAUUCUGAGUAACGGACUCAGGGUUUUAUUUUUGGACUGCUAUGGAGCCUGUGCCUUCCAUUUGAAGGAAGGGGGAAUAGUUGAACUCAACAUGAGUCUCCCGUUCUGACAGUCCAAGCUGGGACAAGCAGGCAGCCGCCGGACACCCCUGAACACCAGACACGCAGGGGACCUUGUCUGAAGUCUCUUCAUCUGUCUUCUGUUAGUCAUCUCUUGGGGGUUGAAGACUUUAUGGCUGUCAAUAUUGGCAAUGCUGCCCAGGCAGGCCUGCUUUCCCAGCAGUACCCACCACCUUUGCUUCCCAAACCUGGGAAAGAAAAUGUCCGGCUCCAGAAACUACUUAAGAAGACAGCAAAGAAAAAAGCUGCUGCCCAGGCCUCACAACCAUCGGUCCCCUUCCGCUCAAGCCUCUCUCCAGUAAAUGAAGCAAGCCCUGACCUGGAGCACAGUGAUCACUCAACUCCUCCUAAGACUCCAGAGACACCUUUAUACAUUGGCACGGUACACCCACGUUUUAACGUCCGACCACUGUAUCAGCAUGUAGCAUCUCCUUAUCCUCAUCACAGAGGAUUCACUUAUGGCAAGACGACAAGAUUUUCACCACAACCAUAUGUGGCUGUGGGCCACACCGCUCCUCAGCAUCUAGCUCCAGCAUUUCCAUCCACAACCUCACCAGUACCUGGAGUUAACACACAUGCUACAGCUCCUAUCACUAUUCUACAAACUGCACAAAGAGUGGAAGUCAGCUCAACUCUUACCACCCAUGUAAUUACCUCUAAAUCUCCAAGCCCUCAGCCAAUUGUUUUGAAUGUUUCUAGAACAGCAAAACCAUUGUUUGAAGUUCCUCAAAUCACCAAUUAUACAGCAAAGUCAGCAGGUUUGAGAACACCUUAUGCAUCACCAACCAGGAGUAAAACACCUACUGCAGAGUUACUGAGAGGCCCGACACCAACAUUUGAGGUUAGAAGGAUAGUGACACCAACAGCGGAAAUAAGAGACAGAACACCAACCAGAGAGAUCAAAAGGGUUAAAACACCGACAUUUGAAAUAAAAAGGAUAACCCCAACUUCAGAAAUUAAGAAAAGCGAAACUCCAACUUCUGAAAUCAAGAAAGAGACAAUUCCAUCUUCUGAAAUGAAGAGGGUCAGUACUCCGACUUCAGAGAUAAAACAAAAUGCAACACCGACACUUGAGACAAAACAAGGUACAACUCCAACACUUGAGAUAAAGGGGGUUGCAACACCAACUAGAGUAAAAACACCAACAUUUGACUUUACCUCAACAAAAACAUCUUCAGGGCGACCCAAGACACCCUCAGAUCAUGUGUCACGUGUCAGAGUAUCUGUGAUUGAGAUUUCAAGACCAAAUCCACUUUUAUUUGCUGUUUCUCCUGUGCACAUGGAGGGCAGAAGAUCCAAAACGCCAACCUCAAGCUUGGCUGGUCCACAUGAUGAAAUUCAUCAAAUUUCAAAUCAGGUGAAUAACACCAAUCGUUCAGGAAUAUUCCAAAAUGGGGACAUAGAUGUCAAAUCAACUGAACCCUUAAAAGAAAAACUGGAUAUGGCCACUUCAGAAACCCUUGAGUCAUCAAAACCAAAGACUCAAAUACAGGAAAGCCCAAAACUUAAUGAAAAUGAACAUCCAAAGCCUGAAGCCCCAACAGAACCCAAAUUUGAACUUGCACAGCCUGGUUUGUCUUCAGUUGGCUGUCAAAGGCCGUUAUCUAGAGUUCCUCCAUUUGCAGGUCAAAGACCCAAAACACCAACAGCACCUAAAUCCAAGCCAUCAUAUUAUGGAUUGACUCCUGCUGAAUAUGCUGCCUAUGGAGGAAUAAAGAGUUACUCACCAAGUUUUAGUAUUUCUACACCAACUGUGCUACCAAGUGUAGAGGCAACACAUCUCCCAAAACAGGAACCAGUAGUACCUCAACCUGAUGAUAAUGUGACUAUGACAAAUGACAAGUCUGAAGUAAAACCUAAAGAGCAAGGUGAAGUCCAGCCACCUCAGACUGUUGUUGUUAAAGAUGAAACUGCUGUGGUUGCUCCACCUCCAAAGGUUCCAAAGGCAGCAUCUGAGCCAGAAGCAAACUCUGUAGGGGACAUUCCCAAGCAACCUGUGCCAGAAUUAAAAGCAAAAAUUCCUGAUGUUAAAAUUCCAACCAUUGUGGUAUCUGUAGCUGACACACCACCAUCAGAAGCAAAAGCACAGGCAAUAAGUACUGUGACACCAAGAGUCAGAACUCCAACCUAUGGAUCUCCCAGACUUUCUCAAAUGACACCAACCCCUCCAACUGCACAGAAAACUCAGAAACCUGAAAGUAAGACUGUGUCAUUAUCUAACCAAGACAUGGGAAAGCCAGCACUUUCAAAGCUGUCGGAAGGUAAAGUUAAUGCUAAACCAAGCAAAGUACCAGAGAAGCCAACAGAGGCAAAAAUGUCUUUGUUAGAAAGAAUUAAGAAGCAGAAUCUUGCACCUACUUCUUCUGAAAAACCUCCUGAAAAAGGAGAGUUAAAGAUGUGGUUAAGCUUAUGGCUAAACCAAAAGAAGACCAAAAGGACAUUGAAAUAAAGGACACUGAACCUGAAAAGGUUGAAAGAGGAGAGACAAAAGCAAGUCCCCAACAGGAGAUCAAGCCUACAGUGGAAAAGAAGGAGGAGGGUGAAGGCCCUUCCCUACCUGCAGAGCCUCUCUUGAAGGUGAUGCAGAAACCAAAAGGCAUGAAGUCAAAACUCAGUGG